AUGGCCACCAAGAAAGCCACCGCCACCACGGCGGUCCUCCUCGCCGUGACCCUGCUGCUGCUCUCCUCCCCGGCCGCCGUCGUCGUGCGCGCGCAGCAGCGGGGCAACCCGUGCCCGACGAACGCGGUGGCGGACCUCAAGGUGUGCGCCGACGUGCUGGUCCUGCUCAAGCUCAAGAUCAACGUGCCCCAGAACCAGCAGUGCUGCCCGCUGCUGGGCAACCUCGUCAACCUCGACCUGGCCGCCUGCCUGUGCGCCGCCAUCAGGCUCAGCGUGAUCGGCAUCCCCGUCAACCUCCCGCUCGACGUGCCCCUCGUGCUCAACUACUGCGGCCGGAACGCGUCGGCCGUGCCGGGCUCCAAUUGUUCCUUCUGA